AUGUCGCAGCACCUUUUUGCGCCAUCCGAGUGUCUAUCCUUACUAGCCGUGUUCAGCGAUGCGUGUAAGGAAGUGGAGUUAUUGUCUGGAAUGGGUAAGCAUAACUUUCCGUCUCAGUAUGGCACCGCUUCUGGAAUGUGUGGUCAAGUUAGCCCUGAUGCUCUACUAACCGAACUAAAUAAAAUCUUUUUCCAAACUCUGCUUCGCUAUGAGAAGGCACGUAGCGAAGAUUACUUGGAGUUACCAGACGGCACAUUCCGCAAACUCAAUGAUGAGGAAGGCACAAGAGUCAAAUAUUUGGAUAUAGUAGGACGUGUUUUGGCAACCCUAAGAAAUGUUCUGUUUGAGUUAGACGAAACGGGGACUUUUACCACUUUGGAGAAGUAUUGCCAGCAGGAACAAUCAGAACUGGACAAACUUGCAACUUUUGUCAGUUCGGCCGCAGAGAAAGAACAAAGUUUAACCAAAUUACAGGGUGAUAUGCGUGAACUGCAGCACGCUGUUGAGAAGGACUCUGUUGAGUUUUUCAACAUACUGGAAAAUCUGAAACAUGAGUUUCAAGAGCUCAGAGAAAUGUCAAAAAUGACUAUACAGUAUAAAACGAAGCAAUACUCUGCAAAGUUACAGCGCAGGUUGGAUGCAUAUAGUGAUCGCUUCAAAAUUUGCAGUAGUGAGGUGGAAUACAUCAAAGGCCUUAUUUCACAGUCUUUACGUGUAGGAGAGGAGACGAGUUCAUGGUUGUGCGCUGAUAUUUCAGAAAAGGUUAAUCUCUUCGAUUUAGUGCCAAAAAAUGACCACCCAGACAAACUAGCUUUAAAAUUGGAACUGAUGCGGAAGCAGCUAGAAGAGCGACAAGCGCUACGCGCUGAGCUUACGAAACAGUAUGAAAAUUACACUGAAAUAUUGAUAAAAGAUGACCGCGAAAAAGAAGCGAAACGAGUCAGAGAGGAGUACGCGAAAAAGGUUAUGAUGUCAAUCAUACAAAUUCAAUCAUGGUGGCGAACAAUGAUGGCCUCUCGAGGAAUCCGAGUGAGGAGGAAACGUCGCGGUAAAAAGGGCGGCAAACAAUUAUCGAAAUAA